AUGAGAAUCACAAUUAUUACUCUCGCACUGGUGUGCAGGCUCGCCACGACAGCAACUGCCAAGGAAACGCCGUCUACGAAGACAAGGAAGGAACUUUACAUCCUGACUGCAAGGCAACUUGAAGCUGCAAUGGAAGGAGCAUAUAAACGACAUGGCCUCUUUUAUACAUGCAAGAGGGAGCCAGAGCAGCGUACGGUUCUCUGCACCAGAUAUCAUGGCGAGAACAAAGGACCAAUGUUUCAGGACACGCUGACCCGGGCUUGUGGGGGUAUCGACGGCUGCACUACUUGCUGGGAGGUAAACAAGCCGGCCGCUGCUUUCCGCUGUCGUCAGACGAAACGGCAUGGGGAUUGGGCUACUUACAUGCCCAAGGAGUGCUACGGGAAGAACGGUAUUGCACCCAUAUGCCGAGAGAUUUACGACCGAUGCGUGCCCCCCCAACCCGCAGACAUGGCUUGUCUGGAGAGAGGAUAUGGAGAGCUUAUUGAGAAGUAUUCAAACACAAAGAUUGAGCCGCCAAAGAGAAACAAGCAUCGGUCGGAUUCCAAGUCCAAGUCAUCGGCACCUUGA